AUCAUGCACGGUCCACCGCGUUAUUUGUGCCAGGCAACGCACACACGAGCUGUGUUUUUGUCUCACCACAACUUCUCUCAAUAACUCAGUCACAGCUUCACCAGCAAUUUCGUUGACCUUGCUAUCUGCAUCCACCCAUACUAUGACGCCACCCGACCGCAUAGUCAGCCUUAUCAAGAUUCGCGAAGCCGUGGCCAAGGCGUCGUCUCCGCACACAGCUCUUUUCAUAUCGCUUCUGGACAAUGGAAAAAACCUAUCAUACGGGUCGAAGCAGCAAGCAGGCCGCCUAGCCUUUGGGCCGGGUGACUUCGACUUCCCGGGCUUAGGCAAGAGGAUGUCGCCCUUUGGAUCCGACAUGCUGCCACCCUUGUCAGAAUUGCAGAAGAUUUUGAUCGAUGACUUACAAAAGUCGCGUCAGAGUGAUAUCCAGAAUGACAACAUGAACGCCGUUUGGUCAGCUGAGACUGCGCGCACGCAGGAGCGGGACGAAGUACUCGAGUUGCUGAACAGUCUGACCGACGAUAGUCGAGCCAACAGCGGCAUGACUGUCACUUUCCCCAGCCCAUCAUUGGACAGCAUGUGUACCGAUGCCGACAUCAAGCAGGACAACCUCUUGCGAGAAUCCAUGACCAUGGCUACAAUCUUACCUGCCGAUACAUUUCUCCCACUGCAGCACAGCAACGAAGGAUCCACAUUCACAACCUUGAUGUCGGGCUCAGUCGCUUGGAUCAUCUGGCCGCCAUCAAAACACAACCUCGGCAUCCUCAAAAGUUCAUAUGAGGCGUUCUCAGAAGCAUUCGAUAGUUCAAAACUGGAUGUAACUAGCCAGCUCCGAGGGGGCAUGUGUCUUGUGCAGACCGUUGGCGAAGCGAUAAGGUUGCCACCGUUUUGUCCAAUCAUGUGUUUGGCGCUGGAUACAUCAGUCAUGGCCACGUACUCUGUCGUGACGGCCAAUCAACUUGCUGACAUGCUCGGUAAGCUCCCGAUGCUCCUCGCAUGGUUCGAAACUGAGAUCGAUGGUGAGCGUAAGAAGAAAGAAUUCGUGACUGCGUUCUUGUCGCACUUUUCCGCCAUUCUAGACGGCGAUUUCGAGACGGUGGAACCGAAGAAAUGGAAGUACCCUUAUCCCGAAGGGAGUCCCUUGCAUUCAUUGCUGCGCACCUGGGAUGAGAUCAAAUACGCAGUGGCGAGCAUCCUGGACCCCACGGAAGCUGAGAAAGUGAUAGUCAUGUGGGAGGAGUUUCUGCGCGAUGUGAAAGGACGUGAGUGCUGGAUUUGUGGCAAGAGAAUCAACAGCAAGCUCAAAGACACUCGCAAGCACUUUGAGGAUAGGCACUGGCAGACAGAGAAGGUUGAAGAAGAUGCGAAGAAAAAGGAUUCAGCACAGCCCGACAUGGCGAAAGAAACCGCUCUUCAAGUUCAAGAAGAAGCAGGAAAGAGAUCGUCUCCUGAUAUGAUGGAACUGGUUGAACCCCAGGACGAGAAUGCGAUGAGAUUUGGUAAGGAAGAUGAUGUGGUCCAUGUGCCAGAGCACAAGACCAGGGCAGAUAUUGAAGACAGGAUGGACAUCGACGAGGGAACGAAGACCCCGCUGCAUUUCAGCUAAUCGUUACGCUGAACUCAGGGUCAAAGCGUGGCGGGAAACUUUGACGAUGCAGUAAGCCAGUAUCUUUUCGCUUCCGGUCGAGCGCGACCCAUUGUGAUUAACUGUUUGCUCAGAGUUUGUUUGCAUCUGCAGUCUCCGCUGGAAAUUCUGGAACAGCAACCCAGGUUACAGAUGUUAAUCUUUCUCAAUCCUUUUAGUGAUCUGCAAGUACAUAG